AUGAGCUCCCUCCGCGAUAAUCAACUCAAGAUCGAGAUAAAUGGGCUGAAGAAAGAAUGGUCUGUCUCUGGUUACAAAACUCGUUUCGUUGUCGUCCUCCUGUCUGAGGAAAGCACUUUUGGCUAUAACAAGGAGGAGACGGAGGAGCGGAUCACGAGCAUACGAAGAGCGACGAGUCUGGACCAGAAAUCCGUUCUUCUUCUCCCACCUGAUGCAACAUCCGCGGAAUUGAUCGAGUUCACAAGGUCCUUAUUGACCAUGCUACAGCCGUUGGUGGUAGAAUAUUAUCGGGACCUAUCCAAACAUGCAAGACGGAAACGUAACCGAGGCACAGUCCCCCCUCCCACGGCACCACCUACAAGUGGAACGUCACAGACACUAUCGCUGCAGGGAUGGAAUGUUCGCUAUGAGAUUAAACUUGGUAUCUUCGCCGAGUUCCGUCAAGAGAUCGAUGCCGCACUAAGGAAUUACGAGAGUGCUUAUGAGACUCUGUUUGGGCAGGACGUCUUUGAGAACAUCGCCGGUUGGAGUCCAAGGUUUAAUGAUGCUCGACUCUUGUCUGAUGCUCUGGCAAUCCGCAUAAUUCGUUGCUUAUUGUGGACUGGACAAACACGCACCGCGGUACGUUCAUGGGUCAACCAUCGUGCUCGCUGCCGUGAUAUUAUCAAUCGGAGAGGUAAAGGAACCAGGAACUACGGGUGGGAAGCUUGGGAGGCUCGAUGGUCGAUGGCAAUGGCCCAGCUCAUACGCCAGGCCAACAUCCCUGGCAUUUCUGACAACACAUCGUCCCAACAGGGAGACGAGGAUCAGUACAUGAUCUUCGUCCCCCCUGAAAAGACGACGCCUCUUAGCGACGCCUUAUGCCCCUGGGAGCUCCUUCACCAUGAGGGUUAUUGGUUGUACCGGUCUGCGAAACACGCGAUGACUCGACGCAUUCUCGCCGAGCAGAUCCCAGAUGAAGAUCGCAUACCACCAGGGCAAUUACCUGCUUCUCAAAUCGCCAAUAAGUCAUAUAUGUAUGACACUUAUCUUGCUCCAGAGCCAUAUAUUGAAGCCCCACAGCCAGGCUCAACGGGCUUCAAUCAUUCACAACAAAUUCUGGACACACUGAGGGCAGCAUUGGAGCAAUUUGCAAGGCGUAAGCAAGUUCGGAAGACGGAGAGCCUCAGCUUAGAGAUAGCGGAAGAAUGCAUGCGUGUUGGCUUAUGGAUUGAAGCCUAUGAGACCCUUCGUCCACUAUGGCCGACGCUCACUUGGCGACAGGCUGGCUGGUGGCCGCUUAUGGAGAAAUUCGGUUGGGCUUUGAGGGAAUGCGCGCUACAUAUGCAGGAUAGUGAGAUGGUUUUGCGAGUGGACUGGGAACUGAUGAACCGAGAUCUCAAGCCAUCUGUCGCUCUCAAAGCGGAGGAUGUCAUAUCGAGCCGUAAGUGUUCUCUUGGCUAUUGUUGUCUCGUUCCUGCUUCUCCAUAUCUGACCAUGCCCCUGGCCACAGUCACAGCCACAUUUGUCUUCGAGAAGUCAGAAGGAAAUGUUGGCGAGCCUCUUAUGGGGCAGCUGACAAUCACUUCUCUCAGUCAGAGAUCUUCGGACCCAAUACGACUGUCAGAGGUCAAGGUGGUUUUCGAGGGCUGCCUCCGUCCACUGAAACUUCAAUCCGACCAGAACGUGACCGCCGACAUCACGACUCCUUGCACGAUGUCGUCUCUAAAGCUUCGUGAGCCCACAUCUGCGGACUCGACGACCCUGUUAUCACCGAGCAAUGGCUUAACAGCACUGGUUGGGAUGGGCGAUCUGACCAUAGGACCGACGCAGACCAAAGUGUUCAAUCUAACAUCUGUCCCCCGCGAAGCAGGAGAUUCAAGGGUGGCAUCAAUAACCUUACUUAUUGAAGACGAGAGGUUUGACUUAGCCUGCGCUAUAACAGAUCUGACCCAACGUGACUCCGUUUGGUGGCAGCAGACCACGAGCGGCGUAGCCCGAAAACGUGUGGGCAAAGACCGGGAUACCUGUCGGUGCAAGAUCAUGCCCAAACCGCCAAAAAUUCGAAUCUCAACACCGAACAUCAGAGAGACUUACUACACAAACGAGCGAGUUGUUCUCGAAUUGGACAUCUACAACGAAGAAGAUGAGGCGGCAGACGUGUCCGCAGAGGUAAGGCUCUUCGGACAUCCGGAUUCGGCAGCGCAGAUUCUGUGGCUUGAUGAGGAGGGUGAGGCCAUAUCUCCUCGUUCACAGGAUAGUUCGCCCAUACAGGGGGCGCGUCAUGUCGCAAAACGGUCCAUUGGUAUCAUGGACAGGUCAUCCAGGCAGCAGUUGAUGCUUGUGCUGACAGACACGCUUGAACCGUCGACGCACGAGCUUCAAAUUACUUGCGUAUACAAUUUGCUAUCUGACUUUCAGACCCCGAUCAUCGCGACACACAGACUCGCAUUAUCAAUCGUACGACCAUUUGAGGCAAACUAUGAUUUCCUUCCGCGCCUCCAUCCCGAACCCUGGCCUGAUUUCUUUAUUAUUGAUGAUGACUUGGUUGGAGACGAAACGCUGUCUAAACCUCGAGGCUUGCGGCAACGAUGGUGUUUGAAUUCCAAGGUUGUCUCGUUUGCCCUGGAGCCGCUUGUCAUCGAAAGAAUUACGCUAGUGCUACUGAGCCUUGGAGGCGGAGCCGUCUGCGACAUUGGAUCUGAAAUAGUCGCCGACCCACAUGCGCUGGAAAUUCGUCCCGAGGAGCUUCGCGAGUCCACCUUUAUACUGGAGGUUCAGAAGUUGGUCUUGGGAGACCGACGGCCGACAGCUCUGAAUCUAGCCCUAGAGAUUCAAUGGCGUCGAAUAGGCACCGACGCCGCUGCAUCAACUGCGGAUAGCGCUAACGUCACCACAACUACUCUACCCAUUCCGCGCUUUGUUAUCCCCGCGGGAGAGCCCCGCGUCCUUGCCUCGGCAUUGAAUUCAGAAGCUAUCCCCGGUCUGAUUCACCUGGACUACACGCUAGAGAAUCCUUCAAUGCACUUUCUCACUUUCAAUCUCGCGAUGGAGGCGAGUGAGCAAUUUGCUUUCAGCGGACCGAAGACGGCGGUCGUCCAGCUUGUGCCGUUAAGCAGACACACAGUGCGAUAUAACCUCCUGGCUUCCAAGCGGGGGCUAUGGAUCCAACCCCAAUUGAAUGUGGUGGAUACGUAUUUCAACAAGGCCCUGCGGGUACAGCCAACUGAAGACAUGCGAUCAGAUAAGAAGGGGAUUUUGAUCUGGGUUGACGCUGACGACUAG